AUCAAAACAUAAUAUGCAGCAAAACUAAUCACGACAUUCUAGUCAAGUGUAGCGGACUAAUUAGACGCACUCGAUUAUAAAAAAGUAAUAAUUAGAACAACCGAAUUCUAAAGUAGUAGGCUAUUUCUUCUCUACAAUUUCAAUUGAUCGAAUACAUGAACAAAUCAAAAGUGAAAGUGACUAACCUUUUCCGGAGGUCAAACAUGGCAGCCAUGGGAAAUAAAACGUGAAAUCAACAUUGAGAUACUAUUGCGAAAUUCUCUGUAAUUUCGCUCAAGCUAACCUAUCCAUCGAAAGAAUUCAUUCACAUGGAAAACUUACUUCAUUGUUGGCGACUUGCAGAUGCAGCACAUGAACUUUAUAUGGCAUUAAAAAAGAUGGGAAUUUCACAGUGAUAUGACUUUAUGAAUUUCACUUACUGCACAAUAAAUAGGUGCCAACGAUUGAACUACUGCUGAAUUGAAGGGAAAUAAUCUGUGUGGCUGUAGAUUUAAUGCAAGAUUGCUAAGAUGGAUGUUGACUCUUUGCUACGUGCACUUGCUCUCUAGUAAUGGAGAUCCAUUAGAGGAACUAUCCAGCAAUGGAAGUUAUAAUUCACAUGUUGGAUAUAAUGUUGGAAAUACGAGUGUGUUGCCAGUAGGGAAGUGCCAAGUGCUUUUUGUUGAGAGUAACAUUACCAAAGAUUGUCCAUGGGGCUGGAAAUAUGAAAUGGACCUAGGAGAAAAUAACAUUAUAUCUGAGUGGGAUCUAGUAUGUAACAAGAAGACCCUAGCUAGCCUCUCCACUACUAUAUACUUUGUAGGGGUGAUGAUAGGAGGAGUAUUGUUUGGUACUCUUUCUGAUCGGUUUGGUCGCAAGCCCCUAUUGCUGUUCACACUAUACCUCCCAGUUGGAAUUGGAGUUGGGAUUGCAUUCUCCAAUUCCUAUUGGCUGUUUGUGUUCCUCAGGUUCAUACAGGGAUUCCUAUUACAGGGCCUCCAGACAAUCAGUUAUACAAUGAUAUCUGAAAUGGCUGUUCCAGAGAUUCGUUCAGUAACUGGCACCAUGACAAGCUUAGUGUGGGGAACAGCAGUAAUGUUGUCAGCAUUUGUAUCUUAUCUUAUUAAGGACUGGCGCUAUAUACAGCUGGCACUUACCUUGCCUAGUGUUGUCACAAUCAUUUACAUUUGGGUAGUUCCUGAAUCUCUACGUUGGCUAAUUGCUAAGAAGAAAUUUAAAGAAGCAGAGGAAAUCCUAAAAAAAGCUGCACGAUUCAAUAAUGUCACUAUACCAGAAGACCCCUUCAAUACUAAGCAAAGUGAUAGAGACCCCUUCAUUAAUGGUGUUGUUAGUGUGCCUGAUAGGGAAGAGUCUGUUGAUAGUGAAGAGAAUAAUGGAAAGAGAGAAAGGAGAUAUCAUGUGGUAGAUAUGUGUAGGACACCAAAUCUGAGGCAGAGGUCCAUCAUAAUGUUUUACAUUUGGUUUGCAGCGUCAGUUGGUUACUAUGGUUUGUCCCUUAGUAUCUCUACUCUGGCUGGGAGUAAAUAUCUCAACUUCUUUAUAAGUGGUGCUGUAGAGAUUCCAGCCUAUAUCCUUGCCAUGUUUGUACUCAGAAAAUAUGGGCGUAGAAUUCCACUUUGUGUGUAUUUUGUGAUAGGAGGAAUAUCUUGUACUGUAGGUGGCAUACUUACUACAGAUUCAUUGAAUCUUAAUGGAGAGGGAAACCUAGACAUGGUUGCCACUGGAUUUGCUCUGGUCGGGAAGUUUGGCCAGGCGGGUACCUUUGCUGUGAUAUUCUUAUACUCCUCAGAACUCUAUCCAACUGUUAUAAGGAAUGUUGGUAUUGGGGCAUGUGCCUUCUGGGCUAGACUAGGGGGAGUAGUAGCUCCACAGAUUAAUCUCUUGGGCCUCUAUACAUUCAACUCACUCCCAAUUAUUGUCUUUGGUGUCUUAUCUCUAGCUGGUGGGUUCCUCACUCUCCUUCUGCCUGAGACCCACAAGAGGAAACUCCCAGACACCAUAGAAGAGGCAGAGGACUUGAAUAAUCAGAGUAUAGAAGAACUACCAAAAGCUAGAGAUAAAAGAAACAUUAAUAUUAAUAAAAAAGAGACCCCUUGUGAUAAUAACAAGGCAGAUGUAGAAAUGAACCUUCUGGAAGGUCUCGGAGAUAGAACCAAAGGGAAACAGGAACAAACAGGGCUAUCAGAACAUUUAUGAGACUUGAUCUGGUUAGGCUUAAUACAUUAGUAUUUAUAGCUUCCUCCAAUGUCUUUUUGACACUCCAAGUAAAAGGUCUGAGGUAGUGGCUUGAUUAAUUUUUUUGAUAUAAUGAAUUAAUCAUCUCUAAAAUGAUCUUCAGGUGUGAAAGAAAAUUUUUUUCAAAAGGAUAAAAUGUGUUAUUUAUCUUUUUCUCAGUCAUUUUCACUAAAGCUAUUUAAAGUUUUGCCCAUAUUU